AUGAUUCCUCAGGAAGUCAUUGUCCGUAAGGUCAAGGCUCUUUUGAACAAGCUGACCCUCGAGAAGUUCGACUCUAUCUCCGAUCAGAUCUGGGAGUAUGCUCACCAGUCCUCCAAGGAAGAAGAUGGCCAGUCCCUUCGUACCGUCAUCCAGUUGACUUUUGACAAGGCUUGUGACGAAGCUCCUUUUGCUAGCAUGUGGGCUCAGUUGUGUCGCAAGAUGUACAACAAGAUGGACAACAAGGGUGAAAUCGUCUCUGGUGGUAACCUUUUCCGUAAGUACUUGCUCAACCGUUGUCAGACUGGUUUCGAACGUGGAUGGAAGUCCCAGAUUCCCGAACUCGAUGAGAAGAGCAGUGCUGAUAUCAUGAUGUCCGACGAGUACUAUGCUGCCGUCAAGGCUAAGCGUCAGGGUCUCGGUCUUGUUCAGUUCAUUGGUGAACUGUUCAAGCGUGGAAUGUUGACCGACCGUAUUAUGCUCGAGUGUUUGACUCGUCUGUGCCCCAGACCCUAUGAGGCCGAAGAUGAAGAAGCCGAGACUAUGUGCAAGAUGGUAACCACUAUUGGUAAAGAUCUUGACCAGAGUAACCGUAACAACAAGGAAUGGAUGGACACCUACUUUGAGCGUAUGCGUGAGAUGAUGAACAGCCCCAGCAUUAGUUCAAGAAUCAAGUUUAUGAUUCUCGAUGUUAUGGAUAUGCGUAAGAACAAGUGGGCCACUCGU